UUUACCUAUUUUUGUUCAUAGUCAUAUUUGAGUAGUUUGAACUUGUGAAGUCUGUUAAUACACUUUGCUGGGGCUAUAAGCAGUAUAAGAAAAGGCUGUUUUAAUGAUUGUAUUUCUGUAGUAAUUUCUUUCCCUUUUUUAAAUCAUGGCCCAUUUUUUCAAAUCAGAAUCCGAGUAUAUGGUUGAAAGUCAAAUUCCUUGGUGUAAUGCAUGUGCUGAACAACUCUGCUUUCAUAGUUUUUACAGGGGAGGAGUUUGGUGUAAAAGGCAGAACAGAGCAGGCACUCAGUAGCACACUGAGGCCUUUAGGGUAUCUUACAGCAAAAUUAGGGUUUACUUUGACUUGCAGAUACAUAGUCGUGUUAAGUAUCCUUAAUACAAGCACCAAGUUGGUCAAGUUAAUAGAAGUUUACAUGGAUUAAUUGCUGAUUUGCAGUGAAGAUUAUGCUAGUCAAGAAAGCAGCAGAACAUACAUCACAUGAUUAAUGGAUUUGGUUAUUAUGGAUGAAUACUCUUGGUGAUGUGGAAAGACAAAAUCAACAUGAAGAAGGACAGAGACAUGAAGAUGCUUAAAGCCAGUCAAAAGAAUCUCUUAAAAUUGAAAGAAAUUUGCAAAAUGAGAAAUAACUCACUUAUAUGAGUAAAAGUAUUUCACCUACUCCAGGCUUUAUUAACACAUAAAAUAGCCUGGUUAAAAAACAAACAAAAAACGCAGCUAUGCUGAAGAGUUGGUUUGUAGCCAUGAUGGCCCGUACAAAACUUCUGAUUAUUUUUGCUUUUUGUGUUGCACUAUUCCUAUAUAACCGAGACUGCAGAACUCACAGAAAUCAGAAUCAACAAAUUUUACUCAAAAACACCAUGGAUGAUAUAAAAUAUCAAGCAUUACUGCAAGAACAUGAGGAGCAAUAUCAUCACUAUACUGCAAGCCUAAGAAAGCAGAUUAUGCAUUUAAAAAAUGUUCUCAUAGAGAAAAGACAUCUACAGUCUGUGCAGCAGGCUGCUAUAAUGCAUCCAAAGGAGCUGGAGGAAAAAAACAAAAGUAACUCGGAACUGAAGAUGUUUCUUCACCAGCAAAUGCAUCGUAUGAAAAGUAAUGUGAGUCUGAAUUUACCAAACGAAUAUGCUGUGGUUCCGUUUGAGUGCUUUACGCUUCACAGCGUCUAUCAGCUUGAAACCGGGCUCACAAAGCAUCCUGUUCGGAAAAAUCUUCGGCAGGAUAUAGCUGGGGCAUUAGAAGCAGCUCUGCAUAUCCUUAAUGGUCCAAAAGAUAAGGAUGACCCUCAAAAUCGUAAGAUGUACUCUCCACGGGAUUUCUUUGAGGGAAUCUUUUAUUCUGGUCAAGAUAAAGGAUCUCUAUAUGAUCUUACAUUUAGAGAUAAUAUUUCUCAGGACUUCAGUAGGCUGGAGCUCUUUCGGCCAUUUGCACCUCUGCAAAAUGUGAAGGAAGAAGCAAUCGACACCUCUAGGAUGCUAAUAAAUAUAAUUGUGCCAUUGGACACAAGGGUUGAUACAUUUCAACAGUUUAUGAACAAUUUUAGGGAGAUUUGCGUUAAAGAUGAAAAAAUCCAUCUUACUGUAGUAAACUUUGGAAAAGAGAAGAUAAGUGAAGUAAGAAGAAUUAUAGAAAUUGCUGCAAGGAGAAUGAGAUCAAGGAACUUUACUCUAAUCCACUUAAAUGAGAAGUUUUCCAGAGGAAGAGCUUUGAACAUAGGAGCUCGAGCCUGGAAGAAAAGCAAUGUCCUCCUCUUCUUCUGUGAUGUCUAUGUUCGCUUUACCUCUGAUUUCCUAAACUCGUGCCGCAUCAACUCCCAACCUGGUAAAAGAGUCUAUUACCCCAUACCAUUUAGCUUGUACAACCCAGAUGUAAUUUAUGGAGACCAUAUACCAACGUUUGAUAAACAGCAGGUAAUCAAUAAAAGCACUGGAUUCUGGAGAGAUUUUGGCUUUGGAAUAACAUGUCAGUACUUGUCUGAUUUUACCAACAUAGGAGGUUUUGAAGUAAACAUCAAAUCUUUGGGGAAAGAGGAUUUGUACUUGUACAGAAAAUACCUGCACAGCAAUCUAAUGGUAGUGCGUGCACCUUCACGAGAUCUCUUCUAUAUGUGGCAUCAGAUAGUGUGUGCAGAAAAUCUAUCCACAGAAUCAUUUAAUGAGUGCAUACAGACUAGAGCCAUGAAUGAAGCCUCUCAUAGUCAGUUAGGACAACUGUAUUUUCAACAACAAAUUGAACAUUUUUUACACAAAUACAAUCGAACAGAAACCCCCUAAUAGAGAGGAAGACAUUAAACAUUCAUGCACAUAAUACUACAGUGGAACCCGGUUAUCUCGCCCUCGGUUAUCUCAACAACCCUAUUACGUCGACG